AUGUUAAAUCUUCCAUUAACAAAAAAACAAAAUUUAUCAGAAUGUCGAAUAUGUGGCGCUCCUGCUCAAUAUCUAAAUUUUGGCGUUAUUUCAUGUAGUUCAUGUAAAAUGUUUUUUAAACGAAAUGCUAAUAUUGAACAGGAAGCAUUUAAAUGUAGUUUUAAUGAUCACUGUGAAAUAAAACGAGAUAAUCAUCAUAUGUGUGCAUCGUGUCGGCUUAGGAAAUGUUUUCAAUAUGGAAUGACUACUGACAAAUUUCGAGCACCAAGACCGACUAAAUCAUUGGUUAAAAUAGAACCACGAUAUCAAUCAAAAAAAUUAUCAAUAAUAAAUUCGUUAAAACCAGAUCAUUCAUUAUUGACCACCAGUCAAUGGACACUUCUCUCAAAUUUAUAUAAUACUUUUGAUGAAUCUCAACUUUCAUUACUUGGUAAAUCUUUAGUAGAUACACAUAAUUCUUUACAACCAAUAAAUGUGACAUAUCAAAAACUUGUAGAAAAUUAUUUAUUAUCUAUUUAUGAAACAACAGGAAGAUAUCUUCGUUUGAAUGAUGAUAUUUCAAUGUAUGGCAAUGGUGCAGUCUCUCUUACUCUAUGGACAAUGAAAUUUAUUAAUUCAGAUAUUAUAAUAUUUAAAUUAGCACUUUCAUUAUUUGCUUUAUCAAAAACUACUUAUUUAUAUUCUCCAGAUAUUUUAAUAGAUUCAACAAAUUCUUCUGCAAUAUUUCAUAUUCAAAAUAAAUAUGCAGAAGUUAUAUGGAAAUAUCUUAAUUAUAGAUAUGGUUGGUAUGAAGCUGUUAAACAUUUUCAUAAUAUCAUACAUUGGCUUAUGGCUUUGACUAUGGUUAUAAUACACAUACAAAAUUUUAGUACACAUGUUGAUAGUAUUGAUUCACUUGUUGAACUAACUGAAGUUACACUUAUAUUAGAUGAUGUUGAGAAAAUAAUCGAAGAAAAAUAA